CCUGUGUCAAGAUGGCGGCGUCCAUGUUCGAAACUUCGUUGUUGGGAAAGAAUUGAAAAAAUAAACAAAUCUCAAAGAGUAAUAAAAAGAAAAUGCUAUUAACAAAAGCUCCAGACCAUUGGUCGAAAUGGCAGAAUGAUAUCCUAAAUGGCAUUGAUUGUAUCCCAAAGACUGGUGUUCCAGGGAAAAUAAUUGCAUAUGGCGACAAUGCUGUCCCGAUUCUCACAGGAGAUGAAAUUCACGAGCUUAUAUUGACAGCAUCACAGUGCGGCAAAGGAAAGAUUGUAGUAUUUUCACAUAAUGGAUACAUUGGUCCUUUUAUUGAUUGCAGUAAGGAAUUUAGUUCACUUGUAAGGAACAUUAAAAAAUGGGCAACAAAUGGAGUAUAUACACAAAAUGAUAACACUGUGCUUAAUAUAACUGAAGAAACAUCUAUUGAAGAUCUGAAUAAUGCCAAGUACAAGUUGUUGAUAUGGGGCUGUGAUGAACAAGAUGACGACUUUAUAAAAAAAAUGUUAAAUGUUGUGAAGGAUAAAGGUGUUGGGCUUGUCAUGGGGAUGUGUCCAUGGGGAUGGCGGCAGCUGAAUAACGACAGGCCACUAGAGGAAGCAUGCUUCAGUCCUGUACUCGAUGAAGCUGGAGUCUGCUAUACAAGUGAUUACACUGAUAGUGGGGAAGACGGUGGAUUCCUUAUUGAGCACAAUCUAGCAAACCAAGCUCACUUGGGACUGGCUCUUUCUAAUCUCAAAGAAAACUUCAAAAAUGCAUCUGAAGAACACAUUCAGCUGCUUCAACAUGCAAUUCCAAAUUUACCUGAUAAAAUUUGGAGAGAUCUUUCAUCAAAAUUUACUAAGAUGCUUUCUAGCUUCAAGCACAUAAUAAAACCUCCUUCUCCAAAGCACCCUGUGUCAGAUAAUCUCGAGAAACUUCUUUUGAGUAUCCAAGCUAGAGAGCUUAGGCUGUCUGCAAGUGAGGGAGUGAGCAUUCCAGGGUGUGAGUGUUUUCCUGGAAAUUUCUCAGAGUUUAAUAAUUUUGUUGGCAGUAAAGUUUCUCUGAGGAUAACAGCACGAUUCAAGAAUGAAUGGCACUGCACAGGCUGCUACAUUCCUGCUGGAUGGAAGCUUGUAGUCACUGCAACAAAUGGAGAUUUCUCAAAUUGGAGUCUCCGUAUUGGGUCACACAGUGAUGAACUCCAUUUUGAUGAUGACUGGAAACGCUGGCCAAAUGUAUGCACUACAAAAACUCUUACUGAAUUAUGCACUGAGCUUGUUUCACCAUUUGGUGGUCUUGUUUACCUCAACAAUUCCAAUGAAGGCACUCUUGAAGUACAGCUUGAAAAUAUCCUUGAAGCCCCUCUUUAUGACCUCACCAACCCAGCUCUCUGUGCUACAUGGGAAAGAAGACGUCAAGCCCCGGGUCUUUGGGCUGAGUUGGCUGGGGAACAUAUCAUUUUCACCUUACCAUCAAGCUCAGUAAGAGAGCUGACUGACCCUUUAGAUUGUCUUCGCCUGUGGGACAAAGUUGUCUACUCUCACCAUCAUCUAAAAGGAUCAAAUCCCUUGGAACAAAAGCGUGAACGUGUAGUAUGCGAUGUACAGCCAUCUGCAGGAUACAUGCAUUCUGGGUACCCUGUGGUGACCCACCUUGAUAUAACUGAAGUCCAAUCCAAAGAAUUUGUCAUGAACCCUGUACAACUAAGGGGGGAGGGGUCAUGGGGUCUGUACCAUGAACUUGGUCAUAAUAUGCAAGAUGAUGCAUGGACGUUUGAUGGUACAACCGAAGUCACCUGCAAUAUCUUCACUUUGCAUGCAAUGCAGAUGGUUUCUGGACGAAAACCCUGGAUACACAGUUGGUUACAGGGUCAGCUCACAGAAACAUACAACUAUCUAAGUAAUGGCACAAAUUUUGAUGACUGGAAAGAAAGCCCAGGCGUUGCUUUAUUUAUCUAUGCUCAGUUGAUUCAGGCCUUUGGAUGGGACAGUUUUAAGACAUUAUUUCGAAAAUAUACCAACGAGUCCAUUCAGCCAGAAAGCAACCAAGAAAAGAUUGAUCUCUGGUUUUCACUAUUCUCAGAGGUUGUGGGUUACAAUAUACUGCCAAUGGCAAUGUUCUGGGGCAUUCCUAUCACUGAAAGUGUUUCAGAACUACUUCAAGCAUCUGAUUUGAAACUGUUCCUUCCAGAUGAUGAAUUAACCAAUCACGAGUCUGCAUUACAGCGUAUCAGUGUGGUGAAAUCCAAAUUUGGCAAGUUAGUAAGAAAUGUAGCUAUAGUUGAUAGUGCACCUGCAAGGUUUGGAUUUGAUGAGAGAAGCCAAGUUGUGCGGAACCCAUCAGUAAUUUAUAUUUAAUUAGAAAGGAUUUUACACAACAUAAUGUACUGUCUUUUAUUUUUUGUCCUUUUGACUACUUCACAAUAUCAGUAUUUACAAUAAGGUCUAAUUGUUUUAGUAUUGCCAUACUUGUUGGACAAAAAAAAGAAUGGAAUUAUAUAUAUAACUAAAUGUCUUUAUUAAUGCUAAUAGUUUGCACUUAUGGCUUUGGCUUUAAUUAAAUUUGCAUAAAUUAUCUCCAACAUCGUUUGACAAAAAUCAAUUCACUACACACUGGUGAAAGGUGGUUUGAAUUAAAAACUUAAAAUGAUCCUUUAACACAUCGAAUUGACAGGAAUUUCUCUUCUAAAUAAAAAAAAAAUCAAAGUUGACGGUUUUCACUAGUCGAGGACUAUUGAAAAUAGACCCAGUGUAGCAUAGACAAUCAGAACAAAGGACUUGCAGUAUUCCACUAGUAUGGUAAUACUGAUAAACACCUGGAGCCAGUUGUAUGAACUUGUGAAUAGUGUUAUUAAUAACAAAUCCUAAUCCAGCAGAUAAAAAAUUCUAAAGAAACAAUUGUGUAAAAAGAUAAAUUUAACACCGUAAAAAAAGUAGGUGAAAUAACUUACUGACGUUUCGGACAUUAAUCCUUCAUUCGUUGCUCUUUACUCCGAUGAAGGAUUGACGUCCGGAACAUCAGUAAAUUGUUUCACCUACUUUUUUACAGUGUUAAAUUUAUCUUUUUAGACAAUUGGAUAAAAAACAAUACACAUUCCAUGGAGUGUAUACCCUAUAAAAAUUAAAAAAUUUGUCUACAA